AUGAGUGGACCAACCGGAGAUUUCGGCCUCAUUGGCUUGGCCGUGAUGGGCCAGAACCUGAUCAUGAACGCCGCUGAUCACGGAUUCAACGUCAUUGCCUUCAACCGUACCGUUUCCAAGGUCGACCACUUCCUCGCAAACGAGGCUAAGGGAAAGUCGAUUGAAGGCGCUCACUCCCUCGAAGAGUUUGUCAGCAAGCUCAAGACCCCCCGCCGUAUCAUGCUCCUGGUCAUGGCCGGUAAGCCCGUUGACGACUUCAUCGAGACCCUCCUGCCCCUUCUUGAGAAGGGCGAUAUCAUUAUUGAUGGUGGUAACUCCCACUUCCCCGAUACCAAUCGACGGACAAAAUACCUGGCUGGCAAGGGUAUCCGAUUUGUCGGCUCCGGUGUCUCCGGUGGAGAGGAGGGUGCCAGAUACGGGCCUUCUUUGAUGCCUGGUGGAAACGAGGAAGCAUGGCCAUACAUCAAGGAUGUUUUCCAAAGCAUCGCGGCCAAGAGUGAGGGUGAUCACGGUGACCCAUGCUGUGAGUGGGUUGGAGAUGAGGGUGCUGGUCACUACGUCAAGAUGGUGCACAAUGGUAUCGAGUACGGUGACAUGCAACUCAUUUGCGAGGCCUACGAUAUCAUGAAGCGUGGAUUGGGUAUGAAGAACAAGGAGAUCGGUGAUGUCUUCACCAAGUGGAACAAGGGUGUUCUCGACUCUUUCCUGAUCGAAAUUACCCGUGAUAUCAUGUACUUCAAUGACGAGGACGGAACCCCUCUUCUCGAGAAGAUUCUAGAUUCCGCUGGACAAAAAGGUACCGGAAAGUGGACUGCGAUCAACGCUCUUGAUCUCGGACAACCAGUGAGCUUGGUCACCGAGGCUGUCUUGGCCAGAUGUCUCUCUUCCUUGAAGGAUCAACGUGUCAAGGCCUCCAAGAAGAUCGAGUUUGUCAGCAGACAGGCCAAGUUCGAGGGUGACAAGGAGCAGUUCCUUGAUGAUCUCGAGCAAGCUUUGUACGCAUCCAAGAUUGUCUCGUACGCUCAAGGAUUCAUGCUUAUGCAAGAGGCUGCGCGCGAGUACAAGUGGAAGCUCAACAAGCCAUCCAUUGCCCUCAUGUGGCGCGGAGGAUGUAUCAUUCGCUCCGUCUUCUUGAAGGAUAUUACCGCGGCCUUCAACGCCGACAACGACCUCGAGAACCUACUUUUCAACGACUUCUUUAACAAGGCUAUUCACAAGGCACAGCCCGGCUGGAGAGACGUCGUAUCUAAGGCUGCGCUCCUCGGUAUCCCAACUCCUGCCUUCUCGACCGCUCUGUCCUGGUUCGAUGGUUACCGUACCGAGAACCUACCUGCCAACCUUCUGCAAGCUCAGCGGGAUUACUUUGGUGCUCACACCUUCCUGAUCAAGCCUGAGUGCGCUACUGCCACCUACAAGGAGGGACAGCAUAUUCAUGUCAAUUGGACUGGACGUGGUGGAAACGUUUCUUCGUCUGCAUACCAAGCAUGA